GGAAGCGAAACUCAGGGCUUAAUUUGUCCAUAUCCACGACAUUAGCAAACAUGGGGGCAUCAAGCUAACGAGGCUAACUGUCAACCAGAGAGCGACACAUUCGUUGUAUGUGAAGGUUUUAACGUUGCGGGGGGACAUGUUGUGACUGAAAGUUGUCCUCCAGUUGCAGCAGCAAUGUUGCCCUCAACCAGCACUUUGGUCAAGUCUGCUAUCAAGCUGCUGCCACCGCGACACUGGGGUCCAGGAUGUGUCCGGUGCUCGUACAGAAACAUAUCUGUGAAACUAGGAGGCUUGAAACCAAAGACAGUUCCACCUCGGUACCUGGGCCAGCCCAGCCCGUUCACUCAUCCACACCUCAUCAAACAUGGUGAGGUGUCCCCCGGCUUGAGCCGGACAGAAUACGAGCUCCGCAGACACAGGCUGGCCUCGCUUAUGGAGGCCCAGUCGGACAAGCUGGGACCCUCUGCCUCCUCCAGCACCCAUGUGGCCAUUGUGUUGUCCCAUCCGACCCGCUACAUGACCAAUGACAUCCCUUAUCCCUUCCACCAGAACCAGGAUUUCCUCUACCUCAGCGGCAUCCUCGAGCCUGACAGCGCCCUGGUUCUUUAUGGGAAAGGACGACCAGACCAGGCCAUCUUGUUCGUCCCCCGCAGAGACCCGGGGAGAGAGCUGUGGGACGGGCCCCGGUCAGGGAAGGAUGGGGCGGCUGCUUUGACCGGCAUAGAGAGAGUUCAUAGCACAGAGGAACUGGGUGUUGUGCUCAAGAGCCUAAAAGGCACUGUGCUGUGGUACGACGGCUCUCAGCCCGCCCACCCUCGGCUCCACCAGACUCACGUGGGUCCCGUGUUAGAGGCGGGGCCGAUGCCGCACACUCUCAGGCCCCUCAUACACUCUCUAAGGGCCCUCAAGAGCUCAGCAGAGGUGGCGCUCAUGCAGGAAGCCGGACACAUCACAGCACAGGCUUUUAGGAGGACGAUGGCUCUGUCUCAGGGAGACGUGGAUGAGGCUGUGCUCUUUGCUAAGUUUGAUUUUGAGAAUCGUAUCCAUGGCGCCAACUUCCUGGCCUAUCCCCCCGUUGUUGCCGGAGGGAAUCGAGCCAAUACUCUGCACUACAUAAACAACAACCAGAUUAUCAAGGACGGUGAAAUGGUUCUGCUUGACGGUGGUUGUGAAUACUUUGGUUACGUCAGUGAUGUCACUCGAACAUGGCCAGUGAAUGGAAAAUUCAGCCCGGCCCAGGCGGAGCUGUACGAGGCCGUGCUGGAGGUCCAGCGCUCCUGCUUGUCUCUGUGCUCCCCGGGCGUCAGUCUGGAUCACAUCUACAGCACCAUGCUGGCUCUGUUGGGACGACAGCUCCUCCGGCUAGGCAUCGUCCACGCCAGCACCAGUGAUGCGGAUGUACUAAAGGUUGCACGACGGUACUGCCCCCACCACGUUGGGCAUUACCUGGGCAUGGAUGUCCACGACACUCCUGAGCUGUCCCGCUCGCAACCUCUACAGCCAGGAAUGGCGAUCACUAUAGAACCAGGGUUGUACAUCGGCGAGGACAAUGACCAGGUGCCACAGCGUUUCCGCGGCAUGGGCGUCAGGAUUGAGGACGAUGUGGUGAUUCGAGACAAGGGAAGCCCUCUGAUUCUGUCCCGUGACGCACCAAAGACCAUCGCUGACGUAGAGAAGGCCUGCGCCCAGAGAUAGGGCAGGGAGAGACGGACAAGUGAGCCACGACAUCGAUGGCAGGCUGAGUGCUGUGCUUUUCCAACCCACAUCAUCAGGCUCGGGGGCCCAGGUGCGUGAAAGGUGGGAGCACACUGCAAGACUCUGGUAUAUAGUCUCAGUAAGGCCUCAAAAAUGAAAUGUGGAGAGAUCUUAGUUUGUUGUCGAACGAAAUGUUCAAAGAAACCAGGUUCAUGUUUUGUAGUUUCCAACAGUGAAUGACGGUGAAGAGCUCAACAGUAAAAGGUGGGUUUAGCUGUUUAAGGGGUUCCGGUGUAGCUUUGGAGCUAACGCACGUAUACUACUUUGGAGCCGACGUAUUCCUCCACAACAAUGUUUGCUACCGCACAUUCACACGGAGACUAAUCUUCAUCAUGUAUAUUACACACUUCUAGUGUUGUGAUGGUGCGGUUGAAAUUAUGUAUUUUAAGCAGAGAAAAUGUGAUCUUUUUUUGUUUUGUUUGUGUAUUAAAAAGAUCUCUUUCUCUCCUUUUCAUUGCUAAUGCAUGCCUUUUUUCUUUUUGCUGACACAAAGAAACAAGUUAAAGAAUGUAGGCUAGUAGCUGGAGUGUGUUCUAAUACCACAGCCCCUCAAAAUGCUCCUUUCUGAUUGGCUGGCAUGUGUCCAUAAAAAUUAUUUAGCAGGACUUCUCAAGCAUUCUUCCGUACAACAUUUUAACCACCCUUGUAAAACAGUGCACAGACUGCAGGCAUCCAAAGCAACAGGGCUUAUUUCACACUACAUUUCCAGUUAAACUUGUGCUAAGCUAUACCUUUUUAAAUAUUAGCAUUGAAUAAAAUGACUCUAGUGGGAGUUCUAGAGGCUUGGGGCAAUUUCCUGCUCUGGCUUGUUGAUAAUCCAGCUGUGGCUCUCACCA